GAUUAACCUUCUUCAAUGAUUGUUCACAUUCCUUUUUUGGAGUAUAAAUAUGCCCUCGUAUUCUUUUUUCAAGUGCACUGGAGGAUCUUUUCCCUGAAAAAGGACGGAUUUAAAAGAAUGGCAAUUUCAGCAGCGUAUAUACUUUGGAUUUUUUCCGUCGUGAUAUGUGUGUCAUCGUCACCGUUAGAAGAUGCAUCUGAUAAGGGACCAGAGUAUUUGGAUAUGCUGCUGAGCACCGGCCAGUAUGAAGAAUUCAGCAAAGAGCUCCAGAUUGAUAACGUCGACUUGGUUCGACCUUCCAAAGGGGAAAGAUCUAUAGAUCCUAUGUUUAAUAAAGGUUUAGAGCUUGGAGAUAUUUUGUUGACAAGGAAACAGUUGGAACAGGCACGUCAAGGUAUCCGCUUCGACAAAUAUGCAGGAAACAAGUGGUCUGGAAGACAAAUUCCUUAUGCUAUAUCAAGCGCAUACGGGUCUUCAUAUAGAGCUGCAAUUAAGGAUGCAAUCGGCGUGUGGAACAAUCAAGUCUCAUGCGUAAAGUUUGUUCCCCGAAGCUGGUGGCAAAGAGAUUAUGUUUUCUUUUUCAAUGGAAAUGGAUGCUAUUCUAACCUGGGCAAAGUAGGAGGAAAACAGAGUAUUUCUUUGUCUACCAGUGGAUGCUUCAGACAAGGAACUAUUUUACAUGAAAUGAUACAUGCAACUGGAACAACUCAUGAGCAAAAUCGUUCCGAUCGUGACGAAUAUAUCAGGGUCCUGUUUGAAAAUAUACCCGAAGAGUGGCGAUCCCAGUACGAGAAAACCGACCCAGCCGACUUUGGUCUGCAGGGUUUCUAUGAUUAUUACUCCGUGAUGCAUUACCCAAUGCAAGCACCGGGAACAGGCAAACCUGCAUUCCAGAUACUUAAACCAGGAAUUGAUGAGUCUAGAAUAGGACAAAGAGAUGGAUUUACUCAAAUUGAUUUGGAGAAAAUAGCAGAGCAAUACUGCUAAUUCAGCUGUCAUUAUCUUAGUAGCAGAAGUUCACUAUCAAAAUUCCUAAGGAAAUUACGUGGUUUUCUCAUACUAAAAACUGAAUAAAUCAUGAAAUUGUUCUUAUAUGUAAUGCUUAUUUAUUAUGGAUGGGUAAUUUUAUUAAAAUAAUUACGCAUUAAACAGUG